CAUCCACCAGGGAGGGCAGAAAAUAGGAUCAUAACCCUAUAAUAUCCCCUUAAAAUCGUGUUGUCUAACGGGUUCGGCCUCUGUCCAGCAAUGACCUUCGAUUGUGUUAACAUGGUUCGUCUUCUUUGGGCGUCCGCAUGGUUGCUGCAGUGUGCAUGGUGUAUAAGCGCUCGUCAUCUGGCUGAACCGGAGAUUAUCGACCUUGUUCACAAUCGUCACAGACGCGGCAGUUCCACAGUCUGUUAUCCAGAUGUCGGUUGUUUCAACAAUUCUGCUCCUUUCAAUAACGCCUACAACGAACUUCCAUCUAAACCGGAAGACAUAGGCACAAAGUUUCACCUGUAUACUCGCCACAAUCCAGAUUUUCCUCAACAAAUAUUUUACAAUGACGGAGGAGAAAGUUUGCUUCAUUCGUUCUUCGAUAAGGACCUACCAGUGAAGAUUGUAACGCAUGGGUUUACCGAUAGUAUAGAUGCACUUUGGCUAAAAUCAAUGUCGGAUGCUUUCUUAAAACACGCCCCGAUGAACGUUGUACUCACAGGAUGGAAGAAUGGGGCAAAGGCACCAUAUUAUCCCAAAGCUGUUGCCAACACGCGCCUAGUCGGAAGACAAAUAGGUCUACUGGUAAACUUAAUGGUCAACGUGAUGGGGUCCAAGUACGAUCAAGUUCAUUUAGCGGGCCAUAGUCUUGGUGCUCACAUUUCUGGGUACGCAGGGGCAUAUCUGGACGGGAAGAUUGCACGAAUAACUGGCUUAGAUCCAGCCGGACCAUUUUAUGAGAAAUAUCCAACAAUAGUUCGUCUCGAUAAAUCUGAUGCCAAAUUCGUAGAUGCAAUUCACACUAACGGAGCUCCUCUAACACAUGAAGGAGCGGGGCUGCAAAAAAUAUCUGGCCACGUGGAUUUCUACCCUAAUGGCGGUGCCUUUCAACCCGGGUGUGGAGACCCUGUAAAAGGUUCUCUUGGGCAACUAUUCCAGGGACACUUAACAGGGGCAGAAGGCGUGAUAGCAUGCAGUCACAGAAGGUCCUAUUAUUUCUUCACGGAAUCCAUCAAUUCCGUCUGCCCGUUUACUUCUUACCAAUGCACUGACUGGGAUACGUUCAGACGAGGGGAGUGCAUGGACUGCAGCAGAGGUCAGUGUUCACAGUUGGGCUACCAUGCAGACCAGUACAAUGGCACCGGAAAAAUGUAUCUUCAAACGCUUGGUGCUUCUCCCUACUGCGGCUAUCAGUACAGAGUUACGCUUACAGUCGCAGACGACAGUCAAGGUCUAGUGAAAAUAAGAGUAGUGGGAGAAAACGGUGUUUCGGACGUUUUAGAGCUUUCUGAAAAGCCGGACAAGUUGCAUAUUCAGCAACCUCUUCAGAAGAUCUUCAUUACCAAGAAAGACCUGGGGGAUAUAAAAGAUGUUCAAGUUUUCUACGACAGACAAGAGCGUCUGCUCUGGGGGUUCGUUGCUGGGGGUGAUGCUAGCUUAAAACUGGAUACUGUGACGAUAUCUACAGGGGAAAAGAAAAAUGCCUGGACGUUCAGUGCUGACCAGGUCGAAGUAACUGAUGAUGCCUGGGUUUCCCUUGUAACUAAAACGACAAUAAAAGGCGCUGAUGCAGACCUGGGACCACAAUUCAUCGGUUGAGUUUAAAGGAAAUGAAGUUUAUUGGCUUGAAAUUGUGUCCAUCACAGUGAUUA